ACCUCCAUGGUUGGUGGGCUAUUCUCAGUCCAGCAGUGAGACAGAGGUGCUUAAAAACUCCUGUAACUGAUCCACACGCACCAGUGGAACACACACUAACACGCCACCACCACGCCAGAGUCACAGCAGUGCUAAGAAUGAUCCACCCCCCAAACAAUACCUGCUCUGUGGUGGUCCUGUGGGGUUCUGUGUAUAUGUGCAUGUAUAUACACAUUAUUCCCACCACAUACUGACAGCCAUCACCUUCAUACGGCGGAUAAGUAAAUCCUGAUUCUCCUUGCACAAGUUGUUUUAAGCGCUGCGUAUGACAUUGUUGAAUAUUUCAGAAGCUCUGCAGAUCAACUCGUGCUCAGCCUACACACUGUUCACUGUAAUACCCCAGUGGUCACUAUGGCACACACGGCACGGUCCGGCACGGAGCUCGCGCAUCAGCAGGCACUGAUGCUGAUUUACUCCCUUUUGCCCCCUCGUGCCAUGGAUACUGGGACGGGGCAGGUGGGGCCUCUGCGUCACGUGACGUGUGACGUGGCCCGAUUCAGAAGGAGCAGCGGCUGCUGCUGCAGGAAACGGGCUCGCGCUCCCAUCGCCAGCGGACUGCCUACACAAGUGCCAACCGCGCCUGUUUCGCUUUCCUCUCCUUAAACGAUUCAGGUCCUGCAGACUGCAGUGAUGGGACGUUACUGUCUUUCAGAGAGAAGGUAGGAGACGGAGGAUUGGAAGGUGAAGAAAUCCCCCCACACCCACCACCACCACCACCCCAAAGCAUCUGCAACAGCAUCGAAUCGGGAUCUGAAAAGGGGAAAACUUGACUCAGCUGCUUCACAUUUCGGAGGCGUCAUUUCUUGCCUUUUCGGCCACUUCACAUUCCCGCUGUAUGGGAGACGAACGCAGCUGGCACGAGGCGCAUCUCUGUGGAAAGGAUUGUGUAACAUGGGCAGGUAAACUUCAGGCUGGGAUGACACUGCUUGAAUGGAGGUAACUGAAAACAUGUGUUUAGUCCCCUUUUUGGCCGGAAUCGUUUACGAUUUGCUGUAAAAACAAAAACAAACAAAAAAAACAAAACAAAACAAAAAACUAUUUUUCACCCCCCUCGCGCGCUGUGCUUGGCGAACGUGCUGCUGGAUGGGAUGCACGCUCCGUACGGAUGAAGCCUCGUGGCCGGGAGCACCUCGCGCGUUGUGAUGCUUCUUCUCCCUGCCCUGUCUCCUGCCCAGCCUGAUUUCCGAGCUCCAAUCCGUGCGUUUCCAGAAUGGCCCGCUUCGAAGACGACCUGCCGGCCCGCUAUGGAGGGACAGGCUCUCCGUCUUCGGGUCCGGGGAGAGGCGCGAGCCGGCAGCCAGGCCCCCCGGGCGCCCAGCGGAUGUACAAACAGACAAUGGCCCAGAGAGCCCGCACAAUGGCCAUCUACAACCCCAUACCCGUCAAACAGAACUGCCUCACCGUUAACCGCUCUCUCUUCAUCUUCAGCGAGGAUAACGUGAUUCGGAAGUAUGCAAAGAAAAUAACCGAGUGGCCUCCAUUUGAGUACAUGAUCCUCGCUACUAUCAUAGCAAACUGCAUUGUCCUGGCCUUGGAGCAGCAUUUACCUGCAGGCGACAUGACUCCAAUGUCACAGCGACUGGAUGACACAGAGCCCUACUUCAUUGGCAUCUUUUGCUUCGAGGCUGGAAUUAAGAUCAUCGCUCUUGGCUUUGCUUUUCAUAAAGGCUCCUACCUCCGUAAUGGGUGGAAUGUAAUGGAUUUCGUCGUCGUGCUGACAGGGCUUUUGACCACUGUUGGAGCAGACUUUGACUUGAGGACACUCAGGGCAGUGCGAGUCUUGCGGCCACUUAAGCUGGUGUCUGGAAUUCCCAGUCUUCAGGUGGUCCUGAAGUCCAUCAUGAAAGCCAUGGUGCCUCUGCUGCAGAUCGGCCUGCUGCUCUUCUUUGCCAUCCUGAUGUUUGCCAUCAUCGGCCUGGACUUCUACAUGGGCAAAUUCCACCGCACCUGCUUCAAGAACGACACAGGUGAGCAGGCAGCUGAGUUUCCAUGUGGAUUGGAGCCUCCGGCGCGGACCUGUGAAUUCGGCACACACUGCCGGGAGUUUUGGAUAGGCCCCAAUUUCGGCAUUACCAAUUUCGACAACAUCCUCUUCGCUAUACUCACUGUCUUCCAGUGCAUUACCAUGGAGGGCUGGGUGGAAAUCCUUUACAAUGCCAAUGACGCCUCUGGAAACACCUGGAACUGGCUGUAUUUCAUCCCCCUCAUCAUCAUCGGCUCCUUCUUCAUGCUGAACCUGGUUCUGGGUGUGCUGUCAGGGGAGUUUGCUAAGGAACGUGAGCGGGUGGAGAAGAGGCAGGAGUUUCUGAAGCUGCGCAGACAGCAACAGAUUGAAAGAGAGCUCACAGGAUACCUUGAGUGGAUCUGUAAAGCAGAGGAAGUCAUGCUUGCUGAGGAGGAUAAGAACGCAGAGGAGAAGUCUCCCCUGGACGGUGCCUGGUACAAGAGAAAGUGCAACAACCCAGUGUUGAAAAGAUCCAAGAAGAGCAAAAAUGACCUCAUCAAUGCAGAAGAAGGAGAAGACCAUUUCACUGACAUCUCAUCAGUCGCACCCCAGGGUUCUCCGUUUGCCCGGGCCAGUGUGAAGAGCAGCAAGAAUGAGAGCUCCUCGUACUUCCGGAGGAAAGAGAAGAGGAUCCGCUUCUUCAUCCGCCGCAUGGUGAAGUCACAGGGCUUCUAUUGGACUGUGCUAUGCCUGGUGGGCUUGAACACACUGUGUGUGGCCAUUGUGCACUACGAGCAGCCCGAGUGGCUCACCUAUGCACUCUAUUUGGCAGAGUUUGUGUUUCUGGGCUUGUUCUUGACUGAGAUGAGUCUGAAGAUGUACGGUCUUGGGCCCAGGAGUUACUUCCACUCCUCCUUCAACUGCUUCGACUUUGGGGUGAUUGUGGGAAGCAUUUUUGAGGUGAUAUGGGCCGCAGUUAAACCUGGUGCCUCUUUUGGCAUCAGUGUGUUACGAGCUCUGCGUCUGCUGAGGAUCUUCAAGGUUACAAAGUAUUGGAACUCCUUACGGAACUUGGUGGUUUCUCUGCUCAACUCUAUGAAGUCCAUCAUCAGUCUGCUCUUCCUUCUGUUCCUCUUCAUUGUGGUGUUUGCUCUGCUGGGGAUGCAGCUCUUUGGGGGCCAGUUUAAUUUUGAAGAAGAAACCCCAACGACAAACUUUGACACAUUUCCAGCUGCCAUUUUGACAGUAUUCCAGAUUCUGACAGGAGAAGACUGGAAUGCAGUAAUGUAUCAUGGGAUUGAAUCUCAGGGAGGGGUGAAGCGUGGUAUGUUCUCUUCUGUCUACUUCAUCGUCCUCACUCUGUUCGGAAACUACACUCUCCUCAAUGUGUUCUUGGCCAUUGCUGUUGACAACCUCGCCAAUGCACAGGAACUCACUAAGGAUGAGCAGGAACAGGAAGAGGCUAUCAGUAAGAAGUUGGCUCUGCAGAAAGCUAAAGAGGUGAAGGAAGUCAGCCCCAUGUCAGCUGCUAACAUCUCUCUCACAGCUUUUAUAAGGCCAAAUGGAGGUGCACUGUCACACAGCUCCUCCCACUCCGGCUCUGAUUCACCGAGUUAUGUCUGCUCCCCUGCCCAUCACUACUUGAGUAAAGAGCAGCGGCGCUCUCUGAAGAUGAUGUCCGUGUGGGAGCAGCGCACCGCACAGAUCCGUAAACACAUGCGGGCCAGCAGUGAGGCACUCUACUCUGAGGAGCUCAACCCACGUCUGGCCUCCAGCCAGCACCUGCGCCCUGACCUUACCACCCACCUUGACCGGCCACUGGUGGUGGAGCCACGCUGCUGGGACGAGCCUAGGAAUAUGCAGAGCCAGCCCGGGACUCCUCAGGAUGCCCCUGAUCCCCACAUGAUGGAGCCUCCGCAGUCGCACCUGCCCCGGAAGCACCACCGACGGCGGGAACGUCAAUCUGAUGAAACACAGGAGAAUGGAGAGACGACAGGAAACUCACGGGAAGGCCGGCGGCACGUCCACCACAGCCGCAGCAGCAAAGAGCCCGAGGGCACACAAUGCAAAGAGGGCAAAGGGGAGUGCAGCCGCAGCCGUGACGGGGCACGCAGGCACCACCACCAGCAGGGGUCAACAGACGAGGCCAAGAGCGGAGAGAGGGAACACCGACACCACCAUUCGCAUAGAACCAGCCGAGAGGGUAAUGGCAUCCUGAGCAGUGGUGGUAGGAGUGAGAGACGCUCCCAUCAUAGAGACGGAUCACGCUCAGGGAUGCGAGAGGGAGACAGGCGUGGGGAGGAUGGAGUAAACGGGGGAAGGAGGAGGCACCGGCAGAGAGCAGGCAGGGCCCAGUCCACGCUGGAUGGUGAAGAGCAGAGAGAAAACGGGCAGAUGGAAGAGGGCAAGUCUCCAGGACACAGGCAUACAGAAAUGGGCGGAGAUUCUCCAGCAGCCACGCCUCAGCAGCCUACAGUGGGGAAUAGGUGGGGUCUGGAGAAACCAGAGGAUUCAGACAACCAGAGAAACGUCAGCCGCACAGGGGGUCUGGGAGUGCACAUACCGGUCACCAUCACCUCUCCGCCAGGGGAGACCACUCUCAUACCCAUGAACAGUAUUGACAGUGAAACUGUGCCCAUGACGGAGAAGAACCUGGAGGAGGUGAACCAGAGUGGCCCUCGGCCCAUCCUGCCCUACAGCUCUAUGUUCAUCUUCAGCCAGACUAACCCGGUGAGGCGUCUGUGUCACUACAUAGUCAGUCUGCGCUACUUUGAGAUGUGUAUCUUGGUGGUAAUAGCCAUGAGCAGCAUUGCUCUGGCUGCGGAAGACCCGGUCCAGGCCAACGCCCCUCGCAACAAUGUGCUGAAGUAUUUGGACUAUGUCUUCACUGGUGUGUUCACAUUCGAAAUGGUGAUUAAGAUGGUGGAUUUGGGCUUGCUGUUACACCCAGGCUCAUACUUCAGAGACCUGUGGAAUAUUCUGGACUUCAUUGUGGUCAGUGGAGCUCUGGUGGCGUUUGCAUUCUCGAGCUUCAUGGGAUCGCAUCAAAGUGUAAACAGACCCAAACGAGGGACCAAAGGCAAAGACAUUAGCACCAUCAAAUCUCUCAGAGUGUUACGAGUGCUUCGACCACUGAAGACUAUCAAACGGUUACCAAAGCUGAAGGCUGUCUUCGACUGUGUGGUGAACUCCCUGAAGAAUGUGUUGAACAUCUUCAUCGUCUACAUCCUCUUCAUGUUCAUCUUCGCUGUCAUUGCUGUGCAGCUCUUCAAGGGCAAGUUCUUCUACUGCACAGAUGAGUCCAAAGGACUGCAGAAGGACUGCAGAGGGCAGUUCCUGGACUAUGACAAAGAUGAGGUCUCAGCCGAAACCAGGUUAUGGAAGAAGUACGAUUUCCACUAUGAUAAUGUACUGUGGGCUUUCCUCACCCUCUUCACUGUGUCCACAGGAGAAGGCUGGCCAACGGUUCUGAAGCACUCUGUGGAUGCCACCUUUGAGGACCAGGGUCCCAGUCCAGGCUACCGUAUCGAGAUGUCCAUUUUCUAUGUGGUUUACUUUGUUGUCUUCCCCUUCUUCUUUGUCAACAUCUUUGUGGCCUUGAUAAUCAUCACAUUCCAGGAGCAGGGGGAUAAGGCAUUGUCUGAGUGUACUCUGGAGAAGAAUGAGAGAGCCUGUAUCGACUUUGCCAUCAAUGCCAAGCCACUGACCCGCUAUAUGCCCCAAAGCCAGCAGUCCUUCCAGUACAGGAUGUGGAAGUUUGUGGUGUCACCACCUUUUGAAUACUCCAUCAUGAUUAUGAUUGCUCUCAACACUGUGGUCCUCAUGAUGAAGUUCCAUGAUGCCCCUGUGUUUUAUGAAGCGAUGCUGAAGUAUCUCAACAUUGUCUUUACUGCCCUCUUCUCAUUGGAGUGCAUUCUUAAGAUCAUUGCUUUUGGCCCUUUGAAUUACUUGAAGGAUGCCUGGAACGUGUUUGACUUUGUGACGGUGCUGGGGAGCAUUACUGAUAUUCUAGUCACCGAAUUUAAAAUGGCGAACCGUCUGCUAAAUCUGAGUUUCCUGAGGCUCUUCCGAGCAGCCCGUCUCAUCAAGCUCCUCCGCCAGGGUUAUACCAUCCGCAUCCUCCUAUGGACCUUUGUCCAGUCAUUUAAGGCCCUGCCUUACGUUUGCCUUCUUAUCGCUAUGCUUUUCUUUAUUUACGCCAUCAUAGGAAUGCAGGUGUUUGGAAACAUCGAAUUAAAUGAGGACACUGCCAUCAACCACCACAACAACUUCCGCACGUUCCUGCAAGCUCUCAUGCUGCUCUUCAGGAGUGCUACAGGGGAGGCCUGGCAUGAGAUCAUGCUGUCGUGCCUGAGUCACCGUGUAUGCGAUGAGCGCUCGGGCACUCAGGGGAAGGAGUGUGGCAGUGACUUCGCCUACUUCUACUUUGUCUCCUUCAUCUUCCUCUGUUCCUUCCUGAUGCUGAACCUGUUUGUGGCUGUGAUCAUGGAUAAUUUUGAAUACCUGACACGAGACUCCUCCAUCCUUGGUCCGCACCACUUGGACGAGUUCAUCCGUGUGUGGGCUGAGUACGACCCAGCCGCUUGUGGCCGUAUCAAGUACCGCGAUAUGUAUGAGAUGCUGCUCCACAUGUCCCCACCUUUAGGUUUGGGAAAGAAAUGUCCGCCACGAGUCGCCUACAAGCGUCUGGUGAAGAUGAACAUGCCCAUUGCCGACGACAACACGGUGCACUUCACCUCCACACUCAUGGCCCUGAUCCGCACUGCUUUGGAGAUCAAGCUGGCCUCAGGAAUGGUGGCCCAGCGUCUUUGUGAUGCCGAGCUGAAGAAGGAGCUGGCUACCGUCUGGCCAAACCUGUCCCAGAAGACCAUGGACCUGCUGGUGACUCCCCACAAACCCAAUGAGUUGACAGUUGGGAAAGUCUAUGCUGCUCUCAUGAUCUUUGACUACUACAAGCAGAACAGAGCCAAGAGACUACAGAUGCAGCAGCAGCAGGCCAAAGAGCAGACAGGACCUGGCCAACAGAAUAAAGUCAGAGCUCUCCUGGAGCCCAUCCUGCCUUUGACACCCAUGCAGGAGAAGACCAAGAGCACAGUUGACAGCCAGCCUCACAAACCCAGCUCUACCACUCUUAACAACGGACGUACACUUAAAUCUAGCCAUGAUAACGCCAUCAAAGCAUCCUCAUCCUGGGUGUCAGAGAAAACCAAAGAGGUUCAUAGAUCAAAGAGACGACCGAUCUCGAGAGGCCAGUCAGAGGACAUCUCAAAUGCAAACACUGCCCAGGUGUCAGUAGAGAUGAGGAAGAUGGAGAACAGUGCCAACACAGUAGCACCUGCUGGUUUAGAUGGUCAAGGGCGUGCAGUGUCCAUGCCCAAACUCAAUGCAGAGAUGCAGAGAAGUCAUUCUCGCCACUCUCCCGGAACUUUACUAGCACCUAUUCCUGACUCACCUAUGAGGCGCUCUGCAUCCACAUUUGCACCACAGCGCCCUCCAGAGGUUAACUUAAACGAAUACACUCUGGAGAAGCCUGUUCAGGAGCGACCACACCACCAUCAUCAUCAUCACCGCUGCCACCACCGCAGAGACAGAGAGAAAAAGCAGAGGUCACUGGACAGGUCACCCAGUGGCCAGCCUCCUAGCAUUGGCGGCACAGGAGCCGACCUCGGGGGAACCCUCUCGUCUCGGGAGAGGGGGCAUGAUCGAGGCCGUUCCCACGAGAGGAAGCACCAUUCAUCCACGGCGGAGAAGCAGCGCUACUACUCAUGUGACCGCUACGGCAGCCGGGAGCACUGCCCUGCCAAGCCUGCCCCUGCCAGCUGCGCCACCUCUCCUGGAGAGGCUCAGGAGACCACCUUCAGCAAGCAGGGCAGUGGUUGGGUUAAAGGGAGCCCGGUGUUGUUGAGCUCAGGGGCAAGCACGCCCAGCCGUGGGCGCAGGCAGUUGCCCCAGACACCCCUGACCCCGCGUCCUGCGGUGGCGUACAGGACCGCCAACUCCUCCCCUGUGUCCUUCAUGGGCACCCAGGCUACUCUGCCUGCCCCCCCAAUCCCCGGCAGGCUGAGCCGUGGGUUUUCCGAGCACAACGCCCUCCUGCAGUGUGGCUCUGGCCCCAGCUCGCCCUCCCCUGUCACCCGGAUCAGCUCCGAGCCCUUCCUGGGCCCACUGGACACCCGCUGCAACCUCUGGCCCCAGGCCUCCAGCCUUUUCGAGGAGCCUGCAGGCCGCUCACCCUGGACAGCAGGGCAGCAGAUAGUCACCCUCCCUCCCCUGCCCCAGCAGCAGCAGCAGCCCCAUGGGCUACCUAACGGGUACCACUACGUCCUGGGUGUACCCAGCAGCGAAAGGGCCCCACCCUACUACCCAGAAGCAGAGGAGGACGAAUGGUGCUAGUAUGGCUUUAACACAUAUACACACUCAGAAAUACACAUAUACACACAGAUCCUCUGCUGAUGAUGAUUUUUUGUGUUUUUUUUCCGUUUCUUGUCAAAUUUCGAUGAGUUUUAUCAUCUGUUGUUUCAUGGACAAUGUAUAUCACUUAUAUGUGGACAUUCUUUUGCUUUUAAAUUUGCAAGGGAGGGAAAACAGAGGCUACAUGUACAUUAUACAGAGAAAAAGAACGUACCAGACUGCUUUUCUUUUCCUUGUAUUCAAAUCUAUCCAAAUAGGCCCGAUGGGGUUCUUAAAUUCUGAUAGAUCAUGAUGUUUGAGAUACAGGGGUUAUUUCUCCUAACUCCUCACGUUUCUAAGAGAAAACACAGUCUAAGUGAUGUCAAAAAAAUGAGCAUAGUCUGUGUUUUAGAAGGCAGAGUUCUGCAGGGCUCUGGCCAGCUGUUCAAUGAGCUGUGUCUGCAAAUGCCCUCCAAAAUGCAAAAUCCCAUGAAAAAUGAUACUGUCUGGGAUUUCCACAUGUAACUUAUAGUGCUGAAAAACUCUAGCAGACACGUUGCUAAGGCAACAUUAUCUGCUUUGUGCAUUUCCCUUUCUCUGACAAACUGGACCAUGCCUGUAGGCUGUGUGACCCACACACAUUACACACUCAUGCAUACAUUUAUUUUACACUGUCCAUGAAGGUGAUGAAUGUUGUUUUGCUGCUGAUGACCAUUCCUAGCACAUAUCACUGUGUGUGACAAUGUUGAGGAUAUGGCAAAAUAUGAAAUGUAAUUUCUUUUGUAUCAAACUGUUGUAGAUCUUUUAUCUAUUCAUUAUGUGCGUUUUUUUGUAUUAUAUUGUAAAGAUAUUAUGGUGUUUUACGUAAAUUGCUUACAGUUUCACCAUCCUGUCAGGUCUACCGUUUCUUACAGACUGCUCCAGACGUUCUUACAAAGUGCCUAACCUUUUGAAUAUAUCGUAGUAAUGAUGCGACCUCAGACUUUUUUAAUGCAUCAACACGUAUGAGAGAGGGGACUGAGUAAGCUAGGGGCUACCUGGAACUACAAGGUGUUAUGACUGUAGGCCUUAAUCGGGAAGCAAAAGAAACCGUACCUUCAGUUUCGAAUUAGGUUUUGAAUGAAAAUGACAGUAUGAUUGUGUUCAUUUAUUUCCUCAUUUUCUAGUAGGGCUUUUGUUUCUUUUCAUACAUUUUAGAACAUGGAAUGGGGGAGGGGUACAAGCUUAGUUCAAAAUCAAAAUACUAGUUAGGGCAAAAUACGAACACUAAGGUAGUUGUAUAUCAGUCCAGAGCGGACCACAUAACCACACAGUUACACAAUUGCAUGAUUUUAAAAAUGACUGAGCUGGCGAAGGUGAUGAACACUUCCCCUUCUGGUGAAGAAGCUCAGCUGUGACAGCAUUGUUAGAUAUUUGCCUUAUCUUAUCUAAUGGUACAUAAAGACAGGAAUGAGGAGACUGCAGGAAAAGCCGGAGUGACAUUCACUCUCAAAGAUAAAGGUUCCUUAAUGGUUCUUGCCUAGGACAUUUGGUUUUGGGAGAAAUCUUUAAUUUGUAUAGAACGUUUACAUUGUGUGUAAAUUCUUUGAACUUUGAAAAGGGCCACUCUGGGCAGAAUGAGAACUAUAACCAUUGCGAUAUCUGCUUUAAACAUGCCUACUGGCUUCCAACUGUAGUGCCACAGUAGACCAGUUAGUGAUUUUUUUUUUGGGUUUGAAGAGACCAAAAAAUCCUCUUCAGAUGAUGAUCUUGAAGGUGGGAGGAAUGUUUAAAAAACAUAUAGUACUUCGGGGUGGAUAAUGCAGAUUGAAGCCUUGAAGUUUCUUGAAAGUUGAUCAUCACAUCUGUAUUUUUCAGAUUAGAUUUCUUUAUGCAGUGGGAAAGAUUCCGAGUGUUUGAGGUAUUUUGCACAAUGCAUUGAAACGUGAGAACACUGAUGCAUGAAAACACAAAAAGGAGACAAAAUCAUGCAUUCUGUCAAGCUUGUGAGGUUGAAGGACACAGUGCUGUGCUACUUAGUGAGAGUUCUUCACACUUGCCCUCAUUUACUAUAGCAUCCUCUGAAGAACCCUUCGUGCCACGUUUAUUUUUCAGAGUGUAGCUGAGCAUGAGAAACAGAGUUAGUGUGAUGGGCUUGUCUGUGUUUAGGUAAAAGUUUUCCAUCCAUGCCACUGAAUCAGGUACUUCCCCUGAGAUCCCCUCCAUCCAGCAUUUUCACAACUACCCUAACCGCCCUGCUGUUGGCUGUAUAGCCUUUCAGCUAGCUUGCUUUCAUCCUGCCCAUAACACAAGAGGAAUAUUUAGCCAUGAUGAUUGCUGAAUGGAGAAGCAGUAUCAGUGUUGGAAGCUGCCUGAGACAAAAAUGAAAAAAAAUUAAAAGCCCUGCAAAUGGGAUCUUGUGUCUUGGAGAAGAGAAAGUGAGUCAGAGUGGCUUUAGGAUACCUGAGCUGACCGAAACUCAAUUACAGCAAAUCUCACAUCGCAGUGUCUGAGCGCCACCACUUUCUUUUGUAGCACUGCAGAUCUAACUUGGUGUCCAUUUAGCGGCUUAGCAUGCAGUAAGCAAUGGGGGGAUAGUAAGAGGAUAGGGACUGUAAUGCCUCAGCCAUUCUAAUGGCAGGACUUUACUGAAAGAGAGGACUUUUUGACUUUUGUUUAAGUAGGGCUAUGCAACAAGAAGACACUUUUGACAAAUAAAAUAGACAAAAGAAAAAAAAAAUCAACACUUCAUUCAUUCUGUAGCUUUACUUGCUGGGAUGUCCAGAUUCAGCCUUCCGCAUGAUUGUGACCAAAUCUUUUCUAUAAAAAAAAGGAUUAAAAAAAAUGUAUGAAAAAGUAUAUUUUAGAAUGCAUAAAGGCACAAUGAUGAAACAAGCAGUAACAUCUUUAAGAAAAAAACUGCAAUCUUACGUAUCUGCAUGCAUCAGUUACCCACUUACAUCGUAAAAGACAAGCAGGUGUUUUAAAAAGAGAAGCAGAACAGUGGAUAUUUUUAUAUGUGCACUCUUACGCGGGAGAGUGCUUCAUUUAAAGGCCGUACUAAAACUGUUCCGAUGACUCCGAGUUGUCACUUUGUUCAUGUAGAAGUGUGGAACAACUUCUUUGCACUCCUGAUACAUCCACUGUCCUUUGGCAUGUCGCCAUCGUGGCUUCAAAUCGUACUUCAUAUAUACUCCACCUAAUCCAUAACUGCAGAUUUGUUAUUAUUUGAGGGGAGAAAAGUCACCUUCAACCCCUAAAACUUUCAUAGUUUGUUGCCAAACUGAAUUGCUCCAAGUCCUUUCUGCACAUCUAGUUUAAUGUGGCUGUUCUCCUUGGGAAAAAAACGUAAUGUUUGCAUGGUCUGACAAUGUAUGUGCAUGUUGAACUACACAUUGUUUAUCUUCGUACCUUUUUGAUACACUAUAUUCUUUCUGUUCAGAUUUUUAAAUGACCUUUGAUAUGAAUUAGGGGGUUUGUUGAGGGGAAAAAAGGAAAAAAAAAACUUUCUAUAAACACAGUAUUGAACAUUGUGGACAGCUCCUUCCACAGGACGGAGCUGGAACACCCUUUAUCUGGAUUCU